AUGACUUCUGCAACUUCACCCAUCAUUUUAAAAUGGGAUCCCAAAAGUUUGGAAAUCAGGACUCUAACUGUGGAGAGAUUAUUGGAGCCACUAGUUACACAGGUGACGACCCUCGUAAACACCAGCAGCAAAGGGCCUUCAGGGAAGAAGAAAGGCCGGUCCAAGAAGGCCCACGUCUUAGCAGCUUCCGUUGAGCAAGCAACCCAGAACUUCUUGGAGAAAGGAGAGCAGAUUGCGAAAGAAAGCCAAGACUUGAAGGAUGAGUUGGUGGCCGCUGUGGAGGAUGUGCGCAAGCAAGGUGAAACCAUGAGAAUCGCUUCCUCGGAAUUUGCUGACGAUCCUUGUUCCUCCGUCAAGCGGGGCACGAUGGUCCGGGCUGCUCGAGCUCUGCUUUCCGCUGUCACUCGCUUGCUCAUCCUGGCGGACAUGGCAGAUGUCAUGAGGCUUUUAUCUCACCUGAAAAUUGUAGAGGAAGCACUAGAAGCUGUGAAGAAUGCCACCAACGAACAAGACCUUGCAAACCGCUUCAAGGAAUUUGGAAAGGAGAUGGUGAAACUUAACUACGUAGCUGCUAGAAGACAACAGGAGCUAAAGGACCCCCACUGUCGAGAUGAAAUGGCUGCAGCGCGUGGGGCCUUGAAGAAGAACGCGACGAUGCUCUACACCGCUUCCCAAGCCUUCCUCCGCCACCCGGACGUCGCGGCCACCAGAGCCAACCGGGAUUAUGUCUUCAAACAAGUCCAGGAAGCCAUUGCUGGAAUUUCCAAUGCAGCUCAGGCCACCUCGCCCACCGACGAGAACAAGGGCCACACUGGCAUUGGGGAGCUUGCUGCAGCCCUGAAUGAGUUUGACAACAAGAUCAUUUUAGAUCCCAUGACGUUCAGCGAAGCCCGAUUCCGGCCCUCCCUGGAAGAGAGAUUGGAGAGCAUCAUCAGUGGGGCUGCCCUCAUGGCCGAUUCGUCCUGCACCCGCGACGACCGCCGGGAGAGAAUUGUGGCCGAAUGCAAUGCCGUGAGGCAGGCCCUGCAGGAUUUGCUGACCGAAUACAUGAACAACUGCCGUUAUGGAUGGAUGGAUGAGUCAUGUCAAACUGGAAGGAAGGAGAAAGGAGACCCCCUGAACAUUGCAAUUGACAAGAUGACGAAGAAGACGAGAGACCUACGGAGACAGCUGCGGAAAGCUGUUAUGGAUCACAUAUCGGACUCGUUCCUGGAGACCAACGUCCCCCUGCUGGUUCUCAUCGAAGCGGCGAAGAGCGGCAACGAGAAAGAAGUGAAAGAAUACGCACAAGUGUUCCGUGAACAUGCCAACAAGUUGGUGGAGGUGGCCAAUUUGGCUUGUUCCAUUUCCAACAAUGAAGAAGGGGUCAAAUUAGUCCGGAUGGCAGCAACCCAGAUUGAUAGCUUAUGCCCACAGGUGAUCAACGCAGCUCUCACCUUGGCUGCCAGGCCUCAGAGCAAAGUUGCCCAAGACAACAUGGACGUCUUCAAAGACCAGUGGGAGAAGCAGGUGCGAGUCCUGACUGAGGCGGUCGAUGACAUCACUUCCGUGGACGAUUUCCUGUCCGUCUCAGAAAACCACAUUCUGGAGGACGUCAACAAAUGUGUGAUUGCGUUGCAAGAGGGUGACGUCGACACCCUCGACAGGACCGCGGGGGCGAUUCGAGGACGCGCCGCCAGGGUUAUCCACAUCAUCAAUGCCGAGAUGGAGAACUAUGAAGCCGGGGUUUAUACCGAGAAGGUGUUGGAAGCAACAAAGCUGCUCUCCGAAACAGUGAUGCCACGUUUCGCGGAACAAGUGGAAGUCGCCAUUGAGGCCCUGAGUGCCAACAUCCCGCAACCGUUUGAAGAGAACGAGUUCAUUGAUGCCUCCCGCUUGGUUUACGACGGUGUUCGGGACAUCAGGAAAGCUGUGUUGAUGAUCAGGACUCCCGAAGAGUUAGAGGACGAUUCUGAUUUCGAACAGGAAGAUUAUGAUGUUCGGAGUAGAACAAGCGUUCAAACCGAAGACGAUCAGCUUAUUGCUGGCCAAAGUGCACGGGCCAUCAUGGCUCAGCUUCCUCAGGAGGAGAAGGCGAAAAUAGCUGAGCAGGUAGAGAUAUUCCAUCAAGAAAAGAGCAAGCUGGAUGCCGAGGUGGCCAAAUGGGAUGACAGCGGGAAUGACAUCAUUGUCCUGGCCAAACAGAUGUGCAUGAUCAUGAUGGAGAUGACGGACUUCACCAGGGGCAAAGGACCACUGAAGAAUACCUCCGAUGUCAUAAAUGCCGCCAAGAAAAUAGCAGAAGCCGGUUCCAGAAUGGACAAACUGGCGCGGGCGGUUGCCGAUCAGUGUCCCGAUUCAGCCUGCAAGCAAGACCUGCUGGCCUAUCUUCAACGCAUCGCCCUGUACUGUCACCAGCUUAAUAUCUGUAGCAAGGUGAAGGCAGAAGUCCAAAACCUUGGCGGAGAACUGAUUGUUUCCGGGCCUGGAGUUCAAAGCACUUUCACUGCCUUUUAUGAGAUAGAGUGUGAUGUCAUAGAUGGGGGCAGGGCUAGUCAACUUUCAUCCCACCUACCCACCUGUGCUGAAGGCGCUACGGUUGCAAACGGAAGUGGGGACUCUUCCAUGCUGGACAGCGCCACCUCCCUCAUCCAAGCCGCUAAAAACCUGAUGAACGCCGUGGUGCUUACCGUCAAAGCCUCCUACGUGGCUUCAACCAAAUAUCAGAAAGUCUACGGCACCGCCGCCGUCAACUCACCGGUGGUCUCUUGGAAAAUGAAAGCUCCGGAAAAGAAACCGCUAGUCAAGAGGGAAAAGCCGGAGGAAUAUCAGACCAGGGUGCGAAGAGGCUCCCAAAAGAAACACAUUUCGCCCGUACAGGCUCUCAGCGAAUUCAAAGCGAUGGAUUCCUUCUAAGGCUUCACCACGAGGGGUUUUUUUCUAUUGCCUUCCAUGUUUUUGUAUGCGUACUUGCCAACUUGUAUGUGUCUGGCAUAGGGAGGAGGGGGUGUUUGGGGCAAAACCAGGAUAAUAAAGCAGUGUCAAUUUGCAUGCGA